GGCCCCGGGCCAGGCGGCUCCACCUGCGGCAGGUGGGGCCCGGCCAGGAAGCAGCAGCCCGGCCGCUGCCCCAGUCCCCUGCGCCCGCCCCGGCUGGCCCCAUGGAGCUGCCGGCGGUGCCCCAGCCCUGGCGCUACUGGCUGCUGCUGGGCGCCUACGGGCUCUUCCUGCUGCUGGGCGCCGCCGUCUUCGCGGGCGUCGAGGCGCCGCAGGAGGCCGGGCUCCGGGAGGCGCUGCGGGGCGCCAGGGCCGGCUUCCUGCGCCAGCACCAGGGCUGCGUGUCGGAGCCCGGCCUGGAGCAGCUGCUGGAGCGGGUGCUGGGCGCCGACAGCUCCGGGGUCUCCGCGCUGGGCAACGUCUCCGACGACGAGAACUGGGACUUCAGCUCGGCGCUUUUCUUCGCCGCCAGUGUCCUCAGCACCACGGGCUAUGGCCAUACGGUGCCCCUGUCGGAUGGGGGGAAGGUUUUCUGCAUCUUCUACACCCUCCUGGGACUCCCAGCCACUCUGCUCCUGGCCACCUGUCUUCUGCAGCGACUCAUGGGGCUGCUGACCCACCGGCCUGUUCAGUAUCUCCACACCCACUGGGGCAUCCCUCCGGGCCACGCAGCACUGGGCCACGCAGCUACCAUGGGACUGAGCGUGCUGGGGCUUUUCAUCCUGCUGCCAGCCCUCUGCUUCUGGGCCCUGGAGAACGGCUGGAACUUCCUGGAGUCCGUCUACUUCUGCUUCAUCUCACUCAGCACCAUCGGACUUGGGGACUACGUGCCAGGUCGCAGCAGCCCUGCCUCACUGCGUCAUCUCUACAAAAUCAGCAUCACCUGUUACCUUCUCCUGGGGCUCCUAGCCAUGCUGCUGGCCCUGGAGACCAUCUAUGAACUGCGUGAGGUCCACAGCCUUGUCCGAUUCUUUGCCCCCACACAAGCCCCUGCCUCCCCCUCCACUGAAGACGAUGACCGGCUGGAGAUCCUGAGCCGUGACCAGCUGGGCCUGGCUACUGUCUGUGGGGCCCCCCCCUCUUGGAGUCAAGCGGACAAUGAGGCAGAUGGGAGAGCGGCGCCCCCUGACGGCCCCUCUGGAGGACCAGCGAGGGAACUUAGGACCUCAACCACUGGCGUGGAGAAUGGAGACCCCAGCGACUGGUAAUCUGGUGACCUGGAGGCCCAGCUCAGGAGUCACAGCCGGGUCUCGCCAGUGGGAGGACAAUGGGCUGCGAAGAGAGGAGAGGAGGCCCAGGCGACCCCCCUGUGUACCUGGAGAGAAGACAAUGGACAGAGGCGGGGCGCGGGGCUUGGGGCUGGUGAUAUCAGAUGCCCAGCUGGGAAGCAGGGGGGCUCUGGGCUGGAGAGAAGGAGCAGGCAGAGCCCACCUGGAUGCAGGAGAGACUUGGAUAUGCUGUGCUGAGGGAGGCCAGGCCUGAGGCCCUGAGAGUUUCCUGUGCUGUGUUCAACACUCAAUAAACCCUCCUGUUUU